AUGGUUGUCGCAGCAAUCCUGGGCUUUGCAAGGCGCAGUUUAAUGGGCCGCCUGUCAGCUUCCUGCUCGCGGGAGGAGGUGACAAGCCGAGCGAGCCGGCAAGGGCCGGGGUCCGGCGGGCUGUGCCCCGCGCCCGGGGCCCCGCGACUCCCCACCUCCCCCGAGGCGCGCCUUCUAGAACGCGCGCCCUGGUCUGCGGGUUCUUCCCUGAAACGCGGUGUCAGAUGGUUACUGAUUAAUAUUUUGGAGAGGCCGCGGCGGCGGGCAGCGGGACCUGGGCUUUUCCCCUGUCUGGACCCAGUUCGGCCCUCUCGUCGGCCACCCUCUUUGUCGCAAACAGGCGAACCAGCGGGAAAGCAGGUCCAGCACUGGAGGCAGCCUGAGGGGCGGGGAACAGGCCUUCACUCCAAUGCCCUGCAUCCGCCGACAAGCAGGCAGUGCGCGCUCUUCAUCAGGACAGCCACCUCCGGACAGCCUCCUGGACUUUGGUGGGGACAGCCGCCGAAGGGGGAGGCAUUCACAGACACACACUCACACACACACUCAUACACACACACUCACACACUCACCGUGCCUCCUGGGAUCCACCCUGAGCCAGUGACACGACAGCAGACUGGCACGUGGAAGAUGCCGGAGGCGGAGGGUUUGGAAACCUCGCUGCGAAAUACUCACCCGGGGAGCUUCAGCUCCUUCCUAGAAUUUCUAAAAUCACAAGUGAAGGGACCAAGGCCUCCGGGCAGAGCCCAGAAGAAUUUCAGCGCUCCCCUCGGCGGCGGGAACGCAGCCUGGGAGUGGAGAGGCAGCCGAGCUGCAUUCCGGCCGCGCCUCCCCCGGCCCCAGCCCCAGCCCCGCGGCGCCCCAGGAAGCGCCUCCGAAAACAAAGCGCUGCGGUUUCAGCCCAAGGUUAAAGUCCACCGCGAGCGUGUUUUUUUUCCUUCCCCCCCCCCCCCCCCAGAAUCUAAGAGCGAUAGUGUUUCUCCAAAUAAACCGCCAAUAAAUCAGCCCGGGGCCGCCUGCUAAGGAGCUCUGCUGACCUUGGGGACUGGAUCUCCUGCUAGACCCGUCGGAGGACAGGCACGGGGAGGGGCCCCGCGUGCCAGCCGAGCCCCCCUCCCACUCCGCAGAGGAGCAGAAGAGGGACUGGCCAAGGGCAUUCAGGGGCGCUUAUUGGGGUGCUAGUGUGCCCAGGGGAUGGGGCAGCUGUGGUUAUUUGCGGGGGGUGGGGGGAGCUGGCAGUAUUUGGAGGGUGAAGCUGACCACGUGUCCAUUGAGCGCCUAGGGUCCCUGCACUGUUCUAGGCACCCAGGGAAGGGACACGGGGCACAGACAAGGCCUCUGUGGGGGCCUUCUUUGUCUGGGUGUGCCUGGGUGUGUUCCACAAGCCUGUGUGUGCGCCUAUGACUAAUGGGAUUUAUGUAUGUCAGCGGCCAGGGUGACUAAUGGAGGCCUUGGCAGCCUGUGUGCUUGUGGGGGGGGGGUGCCAGGGGAGGGGAGCUGCACUUCUCGGUGGGGAGUCGGUGCCCCCCGAGGGGCCGCCCUCCCGUCUCCUCCAGGUCCUCUUCUGCUGCCGGCUGGCAGCUCCAUUUGGGCCUCUGAACCCCCGCCCGGCAGGCCUGUGCAUGCUGAGAGCUCCGGAGUAAAUUCCAUGGGCAGCCUGGCCCCCCAGAGGCGUCUCCGCCCCUGCCCACCGCCCUGACCCACGUGGCCCCUGCACACCCAGCCCAGCCCACCUGCAUCCACAGCAGAACGCUCGGGCUUCCUCUCUUUCCGUCUGAAAAUUCCUCCUGAUGCGAGCCUCUGCUCCGUGCAGGCUUGGACCGCCCUCUGACAUGGGUGCUGUCGGGCCCGUAUAACAGACCAGAAACCCGAGGUGCAGAAAGCAGGGCAGGCCCACAGGAGCGCGGGGCGAUGCGGGAGACCGACGGGGAGUCCCAGCACCCAGGGAGCCCCCAGCCUGACCACGGCUAGCUGAGAGAAGAGACACACUCAUCCAAAGGGUCCCUGGGAGCCACAGAAGUGAGACGCCUUCCUAAGGUCACCCAGUCUGAGUGACAACAAGCGAGCCAGACAGGUUUCAACCCAGCUCUGCGUCUUUGUGCUCCUCACCCGUCCUCCGCGGCCCGUGGUGGCCUCUCUAGGGAGGGGACGGCAGGACCAAACCCUGCUUCCCAGGCCUCCCAGGAGCCUCCUACCCCCACAGGCCUCCAGGAUGUGUAUGUGUGCGUGUGUGUGUGUGUGUGUGAGUGUGUGUAUGAGUCAUACACGAGCCUCUCUUACUCUCUUCACCCCCUCCCGCCUUUUUUUUUUUAAUCCUUCUUUGGCAUUUUUCUUUCAAGCAGAAAAUAAAAACAUUUCCCAUGGCUACAGCUUUGAAAGCUUCCCUCGCUUUCCUGCCUCUUUCUCACCCCCACCCCUGUCAGUCCAUUUCCAGAGUCAGCAGAAAGUCAAAAACAAACCCACAAAGAUCAAGCCUGACAGGCCCCCCCUUCCCGCGCCCCUCCACUCUCUGCCUGUCUUGGUCUGUCUCCACCCGGAGACGAGUGCGAGGCAGCCCCACCCCCAUACACAUGCACGCAUGCACUCACAUACUUUCUGCAGCCGCAGGGAGUCUCUUAAGAACCUUCUAGAGCCACCCUGCCAGAAAGGCCUGCUUACGUGAUUUCUUCUGCUGGAAAUAUGUGGCUGCUUCCCCAGCCUCCUCUGUCCAGCCCAGCUCACCUGGCCCAGCCCCCCUGGACCUUCCUCAUGGAGCCCUUCUGCUGUGUGUUGAAUACCUCCCCACCAAAAUUCAUGUGUUCAAGUCCUG